AUGGAUGAUACACGUAUAGAAUGGAUGAAAUGUAUUAUCUACAAAGGAUUGAAUUUAAAAGAUAAUGAUAUAUUUUUUGAAUUUCUUGAACAAAAUGACAAUGAAAAUGAAUUAGAAUUGGCAAAAUUUUUAAAUGAUUCACCAAAAGAUGGAUAUCAAUUAUUAGUAUUUUAUAAAACAUUUUUUGAAGAAGAAUAUGAAGAAACUGUACGUAUACCAAGAAAACAAUCUACCAACGAGGUAACUAAUGUUGAUGGAGAAAUUCCACAUGAACAAACAACCAAUAGUUUAAAUAAUACUGAAGAAAAUGUCACGAGUCAAAAUCAAAUUUCCAAUGAGAUUGCUACUAAUGACAAUGUUGACAAUAAAGAAACAGGUGAAAUAACCGACGGUCCAGUGACAGAUGAAACUGGUACCACCUUAGAAUAUACAACUAUUAUUGUCCAUAAAACAAAAUGGCAUACUUGUUUAAAUAUGCAAAAUACAAUUGUAGGCAUUGAAACUUUAACAGAAGAAUAUGUCUAUUUCAUUCGAAUAACAAAAGGAUGCAUAAAUACACCGAAUGAUAUACAACAAGCAUUUAAUUAUAUGCCAAGUCAAAUGCAAUGGGGUUAUAUGCGUGGUAGUUUUUUGCAAAAUUUACAAAAUUUAUUAAAACAUAUUUAUGCGCCAUUAUUAAAAGAACAACAAUUCAUGUUACAUGAAACUACGAAUCAACAGAAAUUGAUAAUUUCAGAAAAAGAUUCAUUCGAGUUAAAUGAAAAAAGUAAAAAACAAGAACAACAAGAUGAAGAAGUAAAACAAAUCAUUGAAACAAGAGAUGAAUUUUUAAUUAAUACAAGAAAAUUUUUACGUAUCAUUGAAACUACUAUACAUCAAUUGAAUAGUGAUAUAGUUUUAGAAAUACCGAAUUUAGAUAUCACUGAAGAUGAUAUGGAGAUAGUGAAUAGUCCGAAAUUUGCUACUAUCGAAAAAACUAUCAUGUCAUGGAAUAGACAGAUUCGUCAAACAUUGGAUAGUUUAUCAGAAAAAGGAACAGGUGAUAUUAGUCCAUUGAGUUUGAUUGAUUAUUGGCGUGAUCGUAAUCUAAUACUUGGGACAUUAGUUGAACAAUUGAAACGUUCAAAUGUUAUAAAAUUUUAUCAAUUACAUCAAAUAUUAGAAAAUGAUACAUAUAGUGCAUUGUUUAGUGAAACAAAUAGUUUAUAUAUACAAGCUAGGGAUAAUGUGAAAUUUCUUUCAUUAUUAGAAAGACAUUUUAAAACAUUAACUUUUGGCAAUCAGAUUGAAUCAUUAGCAGAUACUAUUCGUCCACUGAUACAAACAUUUCAUAUGAUCUGGGUUUUAUCCCGGUAUUAUAAUCGUGAUGAAAAUAUGGUACAGUUGUUUGAACGAACAGCACGGACUUUAACUGAUCGAGUUAUUCGUGCAGUUGACUUUCCAAAUUUAUUUCGAUCUGAUCUGAAACAAUCUAUUUCAUUGAUGGAAAUUGUGAUCAAUCUUUUAAAUCAUUGGAAAAUUGUGUAUUAUGAAAAACGUUCAGAAAUUGAAACGGUGGGUCGUGAUGCACGUUGGGAAUUUGAUAAAAUUAAAUUAUUUGGACAUACAGAUUUUACACGUUCAAUAUGUGAAAAUUUAUUGGAAAUAUUAACAACAAUAAAAGAUUUUCGAAAUAUUUUCAGUUCUGAAUUAAAAUCAGUGACACGUGAUACAAGGAAGAUAGAUGAAGCAAGUCAACGUGUUAAUGAUAUUGUCGCAAAUUUUUGUGAGAUGAAAAUGAAUCCAUUUAAUAAAGAGAAUAAAAUUUGGUGGAAUGAAGAAUUGGAAAAGUUCAAUGAUAUUGUUGAACGCCUUGAAAGUGAAGCCAAUCUACUAAUCAAUGGUUCAUUUAAAUUAUUACGAUCUAGUGAAUCAGUUUUUGAUGUUUGGUGUAAAUUUCGUCAUAUUAAAACACGACCAAAAAUUCAUAAUUUAUUAAAUGAGAAAUUUGUAGAUAUAUUAAAACAAUAUCAAAAAGAAUUAGUUAAUAUUGGUGAUAUAUUUAAUGAAAAUUCAAUUUUACCUCCAUUUUAUCAUACUCAAUUAAACAAAAUGAUGAUUCAUGUAUUAGCAAAGUUUACACCGCCAAUUUCUGGUUUAAUACGAUGGGAAAGAAAUUUACUAACUUGUAGUAAAAAGCCAAUAUUGAAAUUUUUAAAAAUUGACGAACUUAUGCGAAAUGAUGAAGGAAAAUCAGUACGUAAUCAAUAUAUCACAAUUGGCAAACAAAUGAGAAAUUAUGAAGAGAAAUUAUAUAAAUAUUGGACAAUGCAAGUAGAACAAACAUUUGAUCAAUAUUUAAAUCAAACUUUAUUAAAACAACAAGAUUUAACAAAACCAACAACAAGUGUUAAAAAAAUUUCUCCUUUACCAUUAAGUCGUUUAAGUGUAAUUUCAUCGUCGAAAAGUGAACAAACUACACAUGAAUCUAAUAAAACAAUUGCAGAAUUCACUAAAUACGAAUUAUUAGUUAAUUUUCAUCCGAAUAUUUUGGUCGUAAUAACCGAAGCAAAACAUUUGGAAUCGUUAGGAUUUAAAAUACCAGAGAUUGUAAUCAAUGCUGCAUUGAAAGAAUCCAGUUAUAUAGUUUAUGUGGAAAAAUUAAAAUUAUUAGUUAAACGAUGUUAUGAAUUAUUUGCACAACUUGAUCCUCCGGAAAUCACUAUCCUCGAAUCAUAUAUUAUCAAUUUGAGAACAAUCAUGAAACCUGGUUGGGAUAUAUUGAAUUGGAAAAGUUUAGCAAUCAAUGAAUUUAUAGCGAAAGUAGAAGAAGAAUUAAAUCGAUUCGCCUCCAUGUGUAAUUUAUGCAAAAAAACAGCAGCUGAUAUUGAAACACGUUUGGAAUUAUUUGGUUCAGCUGAUUUAUUUCCAACACCGAAAUGGAUAGAUGAAUAUCAGAAAACAGCAUUGGGAGGAUAUUAUACAUGCAAGGACUAUUUUGCGUUAACACUUAUUGAAAGAAAAAAACAAUUUGAAGAACUACGUAUGCAACAUGCAUCUUUAACACCAUUGAUUACAAAACUUGAAGAUGUAAUCAUUCCACAAAAUACAGGCAAUAAUAAAAUAAUGGUUUCUUAUUAUGAAUAUUGGGAGAAAAAAAUAUUCGAUCGAAUUUAUGCGAUGGUAAUUCGAAAUCUGCAAAGUUAUUUGAAUCGUAUUUCGCUUCAACAAGAACCAUUGUUUGCAGUUGAUCUUAUGUUAGCUGGUACAGAUGUGGUUGGUAAUCCACAACCAGCUGAACUUUAUCGAUUGGUCAUUCAAGAAUUACGUGAUGCCAUUGAAUCAACACGUGUAUUUAUUCGAUGGUGCCGCGGUUCAUGUACAAUUGCUCCAGGUGUAAGAAUUGAUGGCAGUGAAGAUUUGCAUUAUUUUACAUUUUAUGAAGAAAUUGCAAAAUCUAGUGAAGUAGCUGAUUUACUUCAACAAAUUGCAAAAAUUUAUGCAAAUCAUGUUGAAAGAAUGAAACGAUUUCAAGAUAGUUGGCGUAAACAUAAAGGGAAGUUUGUUGCCAAUAAACUAACUCAAGUGGAAAGAUGGAUGGAAACACCUCGGACUCCAAUUGAAAUUCAUGAAAAAAUAUUAGAAAUGAAUAGUAAAUUAAAUGAUUUAUGUGAAACACCAGAAUUAAUAAAUAUUGGUUGUAUACAAUUACGACUGAAGAGUUUAUUUCAUAAUAUACAAGAACAUAAUAAAAAAUGGACAAUAGCUUAUGGUAAACAACUUCAUGAUAUUGGUAAAGAAAUGUUGACAAGUUUACAAGAUGAAUUCAAGCAACAAUUUGAAGAGUUAGAAAAUGUACCAACAACAUUAACUGAAUUAACUGAUAUUUUACGUACAAUUCAUGAAAUUCGUUCAACCACACUGGAAGCAGAAGAAAAAUUAAUUGGUAUUGAAGAACGUUAUCGUUUAUUAGAUUAUCAUAAUUUACCAAUACCAGAAAUUGAAACUGAAUCAGUGCAUGCUUUACGAUCCACAUGGAUGAAUCUAUUGAAAUCAGCAAACUAUAAAGAUCAUUCACUGAAAAAAAUUAAAAAGAAAUUUACUAAAAUUACUGCAGAAGAUGUUGGAAAAUUUGAUGAUAUAGUGAAUGAGUUUGUAAAACGUUUUGCUGAAAAUGGUCCCGGUACUAUGACUGGUGAUUUGGAUUCAGCAGUAACAUGUGCAAAAGCAUAUCAUAAAGAAUUAAAUGAACUGGAAGCAAAACGUAAAGAAUUAAUUUCAGCUGAACAAUUAUUCAAUUUACCAUUAACUCAAUAUCCUCAAUUUAUUCAUAUUCAAAAAGAAUUAGAUGGAUUAGAUCAAUUAUUUAGUAUUUACUUAAAACAAAAACAAGCUCGUGAAGAAUGGGCACAUAUACUAUGGAAAGAUUUAAAUAUAACAAUUUUACAAACUGGUAUUGAAAAAUAUUUAAAAGAAGUAAGAAGUUUACCAAAAUCUAUUAGAACAUUACCAAUUGGUACAGAGAUAUAUGAACAAAUUCGUACAUUUCGUGAUUCAUUGCCAUUAUUUUUAGAUUUAAAAAAUGAAGCUUUAAGAGAAAGACAUUGGCAUGAAUUAAUGCGUAAAACGGGCGAGACAUUUGAUAUGAAUCCAGAUACAUUUACAUUAGCAAAUAUUUUCGCUAUGGAAUUGCAUAAAUUUGCAGAUCAAAUAUCUGAAAUUGUAGCGUAUGCAGUCAAAGAAUUAAGUAUUGAAAAAGGUGUUAAAGAAGUUGAAGAAACUUGGCAAAAUAUUAAUUUCAAUGUUAUUAAUUAUGUUAAAGCAGGACAAAGUAGAGGUUAUAUUUUAGGUCCAUUAGAAGAUGUAAUUCAAGUACUUGAAGAUAAUACAAUGAAUUUACAAUCAAUGGCAUCAAGUAAAUUUAUUGGUCCAUUUUUAUCAACAGUACAAUUAUGGGAGAAAAAUUUAAGUAUAAUUAGUGAAGUCAUUGAUAUAUGGUUAAUUGUUCAACGUAAAUGGAUGUAUUUAGAAGGAAUUUUUAUUGGUGGGGAUAUACGUACACAAUUACCUGAAGAAGCGACUAAAUUUGACAAUAUUGAUAAAAUAUUUAAAAAGAUUAUGUCAGAAACAAAUAGAUCACCAAAUGUAAAAACAUGUUGUCUAGUAACUGGUCGAUUAAAUGAAUUAACUAUGCUUGGUGAAGGAUUUGAACGUUGUCAAAAAUCAUUAAAUAAUUAUUUAGAUGCUAAAAGAAAUGCAUUUCCAAGAUUUUUUUUCAUUUCUGAUGAUGAAUUGUUGAGUAUACUAGGAUCAAGUGAUUGUGAAUGUGUUCAAGAGCAUAUGAUAAAAAUGUUUGAUAAUAUAGCAUCAUUGAAAUUUUCUAAACAAUCAUCAAAAUCUGGACCUACUUAUAUUGAAAUGACUGCAAUGAAUUCAGCUGAAGGUGAAGUGAUGGAAUUUCGUCAUCCACAACCUGUUACUGGUAAUAUUGAAAGUUGGAUGACUGCAAUGGAACAAGAAAUGAAACGAAGUAAUCGAUUAAUCACAAAAGAAGCUGUAUUUUAUUAUCGAUAUAAAAAAUCAAGAGUUGAAUGGAUGUUUGAUUAUCAAGGUAUGGUUGUAUUAGCUACCAAUCAAAUAUGGUGGACAUGGGAAAUAGAAAAUGUCUUUAAUAAAAUAUCAGAUGGUAAUAAAAAUGCAAUGAAAGAUUAUUUACAAAUGUUACAACAACAAUUAGAUGAUAUAGUUCUAUGUGUACGUAAUCCAUUGAAAAAAAACGAUCGUAAUAAACUAACCACAGUGCUAAUAGUGGAUGUACAUGCAAGAGAUAUUGUCUCUGAUUUUGUACGUGAUAGUAUAAUGGAUGCUACAGAAUUUCAAUGGGAAUCACAAUUACGAUUUUAUUGGUCUAAAUCUAUAGAUAAUUUAAUUAUUAAACAAUGUACUGGAAAAUUUGAUUAUGGUUAUGAAUAUAUGGGAUUGAAUGGACGUCUUGUCAUAACACCAUUAACUGAUCGUAUUUAUUUAACAUUAACACAAGCACUUUCAAUGUUUCUUGGUGGUGCACCAGCUGGACCAGCAGGUACUGGUAAAACAGAAACUACUAAAGAUUUAGCUAAAGCAUUAGGUUUACUUUGUAUUGUAACUAAUUGUGGUGAAGGUAUGGAUUAUAAAACAAUUGGUAAAAUACUUUCUGGUUUAUGUCAAUGUGGUGCAUGGGGAUGUUUUGAUGAAUUCAAUCGAAUUGAAGCAUCCGUUUUGUCAGUAAUAUCAACACAAUUGAAAGUUAUACAAACUGCUUUAAUAAAUAAUGUCAAAGAAUUCCUAUUUGAAGGUAUUUCAAUUAAACUAGAUUCAAGAGUUGGUGUUUUCAUUACAAUGAAUCCAGGUUAUGCUGGACGAACUGAAUUACCUGAAUCAGUCAAAGCAUUAUUUAGACCAGUUGUAGUGAUUGUACCAGAUUUACAACAAAUCUGUGAAAUUAUGUUAUUUUCACAAGGAUUUUUAUCAGCUAAAAUAUUAGCUAAAAAAAUGACUACAUUAUAUCGUUUAGCACGUGAACAAUUAUCUAAACAAUAUCAUUAUGAUUUUGGUUUAAGAGCAUUGAAAUCAGUGUUAGUUAUGGCUGGUGAUUUAAGACGUGAUGCACCAGAUCUACCAGAAGAUGUAGUAUUAAUGCGUGCAUUAAGAGAUAUGAAUUUGCCAAAAUUCAUUUUUGAAGAUGCACCAUUAUUUUUAGCUUUAAUUCAAGAUCUUUUCCCUGGACUAAGUUGUCCACGUGUACGUUAUCCAGAAUUGAAUGAUGCUGUUGAAUUGUGUUUAAGUAGAAAAGGUUAUACAGAGAAUCCAAUUCAAGCAGAUAAAGUUGUACAACUUUAUGAAACAAUGAAAACACGACAUACAACAAUGGUUGUUGGUCCGACUGGUGGUGGGAAAACUGUAGUUAUUAAUACUCUGUGUGAUGCACAAACACAUAUGAAGUUACCGACCAAAUUGUAUACAUUAAAUCCAAAAGAUAGAAGUGUCAUUGAACUGUAUGGUAUAUUAGAUCCUGAUAGUCGAGACUGGACAGAUGGUUUAUUAUCAAAUAUAUUUCGAGAAAUCAAUCGUCCAACAGAUAAACAAGAAAGAAGAUAUAUUCUAUUUGAUGGUGAUGUUGAUGCAUUAUGGGUUGAAAAUAUGAAUUCAGUAAUGGAUGAUAAUCGUCUAUUAACAUUAGCUAAUGGCGAACGUAUUCGAUUACAAGCUCAUUGUGCAUUAUUAUUUGAAGUCAGUGAUUUACAAUAUGCAUCACCAGCUACUGUUUCACGUUGUGGUAUGGUUUAUAUUGAUCCAAAAUAUUUAGGUUAUGAACCAUAUUGGAAGAAAUGGUUAAAUCAACGUUUAACUGAUUAUGAAAAAACUGUAUUAAAUGAAUUAUAUGAAAAGUAUAUACCAACAAUUAUUGAUAGAAUUGUUGAAGGUAUUGCAGAUGGUGAACAAGUGGAACGUUUAAAACGUGUCAUUCCAUUGACUGAUUUAAAUUUAUUAAUACAAUUUUGUUAUUUACUCGAUUGUCUAUUAAUCAAUAUCAAUGAACAAACUGAUUAUGCUGUAAUUGAAAGUAUUUUUUUAUUCAGUAUUUAUUUUUGUAUUGGUGGAACAUUAGUUGAAGAGGAACGUGAAAAAUUUGAUAAAUAUGUAAAAUCUUUAGCAAGUCUACCUGGACCAUCAGUUGAAGAAACAGUUAAAAAUCCAGCCGCUGCCGGGACUAUGCCAAGUGCUGAGCCUAGUUUAUUUGAUUACUAUUUUGAUGUUCAAAAACAAGUAUGGAUUCCAUGGCGUCAAUUAGUUCCGGCUUAUAUACAUAAUAAAUCAAUUAAAUUCUCAGAGAUAUUAGUACCAACAAUUGAAACAGUUCGAAUUAAUUGGCUUAUCGAAAAAUUGGUCAAUGCUCAUAGACCAUUAUUGUUGGUUGGUGAAACAGGAACAUCAAAAACUGCAAUCUGUCAACGAUUCUUACGAGAUGUUAAUCAAGAUAAAAAUCUUGUUUUAACAAUUAAUUUUUCAUUUCGUACAACAUCAUUGGAUGUACAAAGGAAUUUAGAAACAAAUGUAGAGAAACGUAGUAAAGAUACAUAUGGACCAGUAUCAGGUAAACAAUUAAUCAUAUUCAUUGAUGAUAUGAAUAUGCCACAAGUUGAUCAAUACGGUACACAACAACCAAUUGCCUUAUUGAAAUUACUAAUUGAACAUAAAGGUGUUUAUGAUCGUGGCAAAGAAUUGAAUUGGAAACGUAUGCAAUCCAUUGAUUAUUUAGCUGCAAUGGGUCGUCCAGACGGUGGAAAACAAGAUGUUGAUCCAAGAUUUAUUUCAUUAUUUUCUGUGAUUAAUAUACAAUCACCAUCAGAGUCUACAUUGUAUAAAAUUUAUAGUUCCAUUUUAAGUGGACAUACCAGUGAAUUUGAUAGUGGGAUUAAAAAUUCUGUCAAUUGUAUUACUAAUAUGACAUUGAAAUUAUUUCAAUUUGUUAGUGUUCAAUUGCCGCCAACACCAUCAAGAUUUCAUUAUGUAUUCAAUAUGCGAGAUCAUAGUCGAAUUUUCAAUGGAUUAUGUUUAAUGACUGUGGAUAAAUUUAGUCGUAAAGAACAAUGUAUUCGUUUAUGGCUUCAUGAAGUUUAUCGUGUUGUAAUGGAUCGUUUAAUAAGUCAUGCUGAUAAACAAUUAGUUGAAAAAUAUAUCGAUGAAUUAUUACAAGAGAAUUGUAAAGAGAUUCAAGAAUAUGUAACUAAAAUGCCAAUACUAUUUGGUGAUUAUCAAAAUGCAAUGGAUGAAUCAGAGAUUCGUUUAUAUGAAGAUAUGAUUGAUCAUGAUAAUUGUCGAGUUGUAACUCAAGAAAUUUUAGAUAGUUAUAAUGAAAGUAUUGGUCAAUUACAAAUGAUUUUAUUCAAUGAUGCCAUUGAACAUUUCACACGUAUUGAACGUGUAUUGAGAAUGGAAAAUGGACAUGCACUUUUAAUUGGUGUUGGAGGUUCUGGUAAACAAAGUCUUACUAAACUAGCAGCUUAUGCUGCUAAUAGUUCACUAUUUGAAAUUCAACUAUGUCGAGGUUAUGGUGAACGUGAAUUCCGUGAAGAGCUGAAAGCGCUUUAUUUACGACUUGGGAUUGAAAAUAAAUCUACUGUUUUUAUGUUUACAGAUCAACAUGUUGUUGAAGAAGGCUUUCUUGAAUUGAUCAACAAUAUGCUGACAACAGGUUCAGUUCCUGCUUUAUUUGGUGAUGAUGAACGAGAAUCAGUAAUAGGUCAAUUGCGUGAUGAAGCUACCGCUGCUGGAUGUCCUCCAUCUCGUGAAUCGAUUUGGCAAUAUUUUAUACAGAAAGCUGCAUCCAAUUUACAUAUUGUUUUAUGUAUGAGUCCUGUUGGUGAUGCACUACGAACACGUUGUCGUAAUUUUCCUGGUAUUGUUAAUAAUACUACCAUUGACUGGUUCUUCCCAUGGCCUGAACAAGCUCUUUAUUCUGUAGCCAAUGUACUCAUAUCGGAACAAUUUAAACUUGUGCCUCAACAAUAUCGUGAUUAUGUUAUUGAUUAUUUUGUGGCAACACAUGAAAGUAUACAUGGUUAUACAGAAGAAUUUGCACAAACUUUAAGAAGAGUAAAUCAUGUUACACCGAAACACUAUUUAGAUUUUAUUCAUACGUACAAAAGAUUACUUACAGAAAAAGAUAAUGACAAUGAAAGACAAAUUAUACGUUUACAAAGUGGUUUAGAAAAAUUAGCUGAAGCUUCUGUACAAUUAGAAGAGUUAAAUGCAAAAUUAGCUGUACAACGUGUAGCUAUGACUGAAAAAACACAAGCAUGUGAAAAUUUAUUAAAUGAAAUUGCUAGUAGUAGUCAAUUAGCUACAGAGAAAAAAGAAUUAGCUAUUACAAAAAGUAAAGAAAUUCAAUUACAAUCUGUGGAAAUUGAAAAAGAAAAAACGGAGGCUGAAACCGCUUUAGCUGAAGCUUUACCAGCUUUGGAACAAGCUCGUUUAGCUUUGGAUGAUUUGGAUAAAUCAGAUGUUACUGAAAUCAGGUCAUUUGCAAAACCACCAAAAGCUGUACAAGUUGUCUCAGAGUGCAUAUGUGUUUUUAAAGGUUUUAAAGAGGUCAACUGGAAAACAGCUAAAGGAAUGAUGUCGGAUACAAAUUUCCUACAGUCUUUACAAACCAUGGAUGUGGACAACAUUACUGCUAAACAAUCAUCAACUGUUAAAGAUUAUUUGGAUAAAUCAAAAGUUACAAUGGAUGAAAUGAAAAGUGUCAGUAAAGCUGGUACUGGUUUAUUAAAAUUUGUUGUCGCUGUACUUGGCUACAGUGAAGUUGCACGUGAUAUUAAACCGAAACGAGAUAAGGUUGCAAAAUUAGAAAAAACCUUUGCGCAAGCUAAAAAAGAUUUAGCUCAAAUUAAUACAGAAUUAUCUAAUCUAGAAGCUGAGCUAAUUAAUCUUAAUCGUCGUUAUGAAGAAGCAAUGAGUGAACGACAUAAAUUACAAGAGGAAACAGAUCUUAUGGAACGUCGUUUAGCUAAUGCUGAUAAAUUAAUUGCUGGUUUAGGCUCAGAAGAAGUAAGAUGGCUUAAAGAUUUAGAUGAAUUAAAAAUAAAACGUGUUAAACUGUUAGGUGAUUGUUUAAUCAGUGCUGCAUUUCUUAGUUAUGUUGGUGCAUUCUCAUCAGAAUUUCGUACACGUAUGAUUUAUGAAGAUUGGCAAAUGUGGUUACGUGAAAAACAAAUUCCAUUAAGUGAUCCAUUUCGUUUAGAAGAUAUUUUGACAAAUGAUGUUGAAGUAUCCAGAUGGAAUUCAGAAGGUUUACCACCAGAUGAACUUAGUGUUCAAAAUGGUAUAUUAACUGUACAAUCGUCGAGAUUUCCUUUAUGUAUUGAUCCACAAGAACAAGCACUUCAUUGGAUAUGUCAUAAAGAAGAGGCAAAUAAUUUGAAAAUUGCUACAUUUAAUGAUUCAGACUUUUUGAAACAACUUGAACUAGCUAUACGUUAUGGUAUUCCAUUUUUAUUUAAAGAUGUUGAUGAAUAUAUUGACCCAGUUAUUAAUAAUGUAUUGGAGAAAAAUAUCAAAGGUGAUCAGAAUCGUGCUUAUGUUAUUCUGGGCGAUAAAGAAGUAAACUAUGAUCCAAACUUUCGUCUCUAUCUCAACACAAAAUUGUCUAAUCCUCAGUAUGGACCAGAUGUGUUUAGUAAAGCAACAGUUAUUAAUUAUACUGUCACAAUGAAAGGUUUAGAAGAUCAACUACUAAGUGUCAUUGUCAAAUCAGAACGAUGUGAACUAGAAGAACAACGUGAAUCUUUAAUCAGAGAAACAAGUCAAAAUAAAAGAUUACUUAAGGAUCUAGAAGAUAGUCUAUUGCGUGAAUUAGCAACAAGUUCCGGAAAUAUGUUGGAUAAUGUAGAAUUAGUGAAUACUUUGGAAGAAACAAAACUAAAAGCAACUGAAGUAACAGAGAAAUUAGAAAUGGGCGCUAAAACAGCCAUUGAUAUUGAUAGACUACGUGAUGGUUAUCGUCCAGCAGCAAAACGUGGUGCAAUUUUAUUUUUUGUUUUAUCCGAUAUGUCAUCGAUUAAUUCAAUGUAUCAAUAUUCAUUAACAGCCUAUCUUGAUGUUUUUCAAAUAACUUUACAUAAAAGUAUGCCUGAUGUGGUUUUAAAGAAACGACUUCAAAAUAUCAUUAAUAAACUUACAUAUAAUGUGUAUACAUAUGGAUGUACAGGUAUUUUUGAAAAACACAAACUCUUAUUCAGUUUUCAAAUAACUAGCAAAUUAGAAAUGAAUUUAGGUAAUUUAACAACAGAAGAAAUGGAUUUCUUUAUUAAAGGAAAUGUUUCUAUUGAAAAAACAAAAACAGUGAAUCCAUUGCCUGAUUGGUUACCUGAUUCUAGUUGGAAAGAUCUUAGUCGAUUAAUUGAACAAUUCCCUGAAUAUUAUGGUUCAUUAACUGAUGAUUUAGUGAGAUUAAAUGAACAAUGGAAAAGUUGGUAUGAAUCAGACAAUCCAGAGAGUUUACCAAUUCCAGGAAAUUAUGAAGAACAAUUGAGUAAAUUUCAACGACUUUGUCUACUUCGAUGUUUUCGUGUAGAUCGAAUUUAUCGUGCUAUUACAUUAUAUGUUGCUGAAAUAAUGGGUGAAGAUUAUGUUAGUCCACCAAUAAUGAGUUUUACAACAAUUUAUGAACAAAGUACAGCUAGAUCACCAAUUGCAUUCAUUCUUAGUCCUGGCUCAGAUCCAACAGCGGAUUUAAUUAAAUUUGCUGAAAGACAAAAUUUCGAUAGAAAUCGUAUUAAAUUUUUAUCUAUGGGUCAAGGUCAAGAGAAAAAUGCUCAAGAUCUACUUGAAUCAUGUAUUGCACAUGGAAAUUGGUUAAUGUUACAAAAUUGUCAUUUAUUAGUAAAAUGGUUAACAAUUUUAGAGAAAUAUCUUGAAAAAUUAUCAAAACCACAUCCAGAUUUUCGUUUAUGGUUAACUACUGAACCAUGUGAUGCAUUUCCAAUAGGAAUAUUACAACGUUCAUUGAAAGUAGUCACUGAACCACCAAAUGGUUUAAAAUUAAAUUUACGUGCAACUUAUCAUAAAAUAUCCCCAUCAUCAUUGACUGAAUGUACACAUCCAGUAUUUGCAUCAUUAGUCUACACUUUAGCAUUUUUUCAUGCUGUUGUACAAGAACGUAGAAAAUUUGGUAAAAUUGGUUGGAAUAUUAAUUAUGAUUUUAAUGAAUCAGAUUUUCGUGUAUGUAUGCAAAUAUUGGCAACAUAUUUACAAAAAUCAAUUGAUGAAAAUGAAGUGAAAAUUCCAUGGGAUAGUUUAAAAUAUUUAAUUGGUGAAGUAAUGUAUGGUGGACGAGCUAUUGAUGAAUUUGAUAGACGUAUUUUAAGAACAUAUAUGGAUGAAUAUUUUGGUGAUUUUAUAUUUGAUACUUUUCAACCAUUUAACUUUUAUGCAUGUGAAAGUUUUGAAUAUUCUAUUCCAGAAGGAAGUUCACGUGAUGAUUUUAGUCGUUAUAUUGAAUCACUUCCGCUAACUAAUACACCUGAAGUGUUUGGUCUUCAUGCAAACGCUGAAAUUGGUUAUUAUACAAAUGCAGCGAAAGAAAUUUGGAGUCAUCUAUUGGAAUUACAACCACAAACAAGUGGUCAAACAAGUUCAACUAAUCGUGAAGAAUUUAUUUCACAAAUAACCGAAGGUUUAUUAACUAGUCUACCACAAAUAUUUGAUAGAGAAGCUUUAAGAAAGAGAUUAGGUGUGAAUAUACAACCGAUUACAGUUGUUUUAUUACAGGAACUAGAGAGGUUUAACUUACUCAUAAAACGUAUGGAUCGAAGCCUUAGAACAUUGAAACGUGCAUUGAAAGGAGAAGUUGGUAUGUCAGCUGAACUUGAUAAUGUUUCACGUUCAUUAUUUAAUGGUCAAUUGCCAACUAUAUGGCAACGUUUGGCUCCAUCAACUAAAAAAUCAUUAGGCAAUUGGAUGGUACACUUUCAUGAUCGUCAUAAACAAUACACUACUUGGAUUGAAAAAGGUGAUCCAAGUGUCAUUUGGUUAUCAGGUCUGCAUAUUCCUGAAUCGUUUCUGAUGGCUCUAACUCAAACAACAUGUCGUCGUAACGGAUGGCCAUUAGACAAAAGUGCACUAUUUACAACAGUAACUCAAUAUACAGACUCUUCUGAAAUACAGGAACGAGCACAUCAAGGAUGUUUUGUUGAAGGACUGUAUUUAGAAGGUGCAAGCUGGGAUUUAGCUAACAGUUGUCUGCAACGUCAAAAAUCAAGACAAUUAGUUCAACCGUUGCCAAUUCUUAAAAUCAGUGUCAUUGAAGCACAUUGUCUAAAGUUGCAAAACACAUUUUGUACUCCAGUUUACAUUACUUCAGAAAGACGAAAUGCAAUGGGUGUUGGAUUAGUUUUUGAAGCCCAUUUAAAAAGUGAAAUUCAUCCUAGUCAUUGGGUGUUACAAGGUGUAUGUCUUACUCUAAACACUGAUUAGCCAUCAUGUCUUCUUAGUGACUCUUGUGGACAGGAUAUUUUUUACUGAAUUUGGCUUGUUUUUUUAAAUUUCUCUAACAAGCCAAUAUUUUGUAGA